AUGGCCAAGGGCAAGCCAAUGGCGUUGCUGCUGAUGAUCUGCUUCCUCUUCCUCUUCCUCUUCCCGCUCGCUUCCGCCGCCGAGAUCAUCGACUAUAAUGGGUCGUCAGUGAAGACCCUGAACAAUGGUGACGACAUCGACAACACCACAAGGGCAACAACGAUGGCAAGGGAAACUGAAACUGCAUGCAGAGUGCGGGGGGGAGUGCAGGCGGCGAUGCUCCAGACGAACCACAAGAAGCCGUGCUUCUUCUUCUGCAACAAGUGCUGCGCCAAGUGCCUCUGCGUGCCUCCGGGAACCUACGCAACAAGGAAACCUGCCCCUGCUACAAACAACUGGAAGACCAAGAAAGGAGGGCCCAAGUGCCCUUGA